CCUUGGAUAGAUUUUGAAGUCUAUUUUUAUAAUUGAGUGGUCUCUGUUCGAGAGGAGAGAGCAAUCAUCCAAAAAUCGAUCUGGAACGAGCAGUGGUCUGUGAACUCGAGCUGUGGGAGUGCUGGGACUGUCUGGUUGAUAUCUCGAGUUUUAACAAUCCAAUUAAAGCGUGUGAGAUACCAAAAGAAAGCUCUCAAGACGAGGAAUCCGUGAAGGUCUGGUUUGCAUCAAUCGGAGUUGUGGAAGGCUUCCAAAUCGUCCGAGCAAAACACAACCUCGCAGGAGAGGAUUUAAUCUUCUAAAGAAACGAGUUAACCGGGAAACACCCGUUCUAGGGGCUGUUUUCGUAUCAACGAUUGAGGGUUGAACUAGCACUUUGAGGAGGCUGUUUAACACUCAUAUUUGAGCAAGGAAUUAUUUCCAAAUCCACCUUGACCAAAGCUUUGACCAUUGGACCAAGAAGGGAAAGUUUAAAGCUCAAUUGAGGUUGAGGCUAGAGCUUGCAUCCUGUGCUCGUUGAUCGAGUGAUUCCUCGGAGAGAAGACUUGGUUCGUGCUUCCUCCAUUCUAUUUGAAACAUUAAUAAAUUUGCUCAUGGAUAUUUUACUAUAGAGCCUGCGUGCUCAUGAAUAGCCCGGUGUGGCCUUUUGCUUUAAACAAUGUUUUCCGCUGCGUUAUGAAUUACUUAUUAUGUUUGUUUAUGGAUGUUAUAUGUGUGAAUGAUAUUCAUGACGCCUUGUAUAAUAUGAAUGUGUUGGACUGCGGUUGACUAUUCGUAUUGUACGGCGGGUUGUUGACGUGUCCGGGUAGGUCCGGGGCGUGACAGUAGUGGCCAAGCUUCUUGACGGUCCAAACAAUGGCUAGGACCGUUUUUUCCACAGGGGAGUACCUGAGUUCUGCCUCCUUGAGGGUCUUGCUAACAUAGAAGAUGGCAUGUUGGAUGACAUCUUCCUCCCGUGACUAUUCCGGUCAUCUGCGGCUCUGACCGUCAGGCCUGCCGCGGCCUGACUUCGACAUUUACGAAGGGUUUAGUCACGGACCUGACCUUCGGUUAGUGCCGCGCCACCUAGCAUGCCGAACUGCCACCACCGCCACCGCAGUCACCGCCGCCGGUCUAGUCUUCGUCGUCGUCCACAACCAGCCGUCCGCCGCCUUCCUUCGCCGCCCCUUCUUUUCUUAGUCAAGAUGACCGACGAACACUCGACAUCGGCUGCCCGCCCUAACUAUGCGCCCAUGAGCGAAGCCGAGCGCAACAAUGAAAGAGCUGUUUGGGUGACACCUCACCAAGUUGCUCAUGACAAGAAGUGUUCGACGGCAUCAAAAACAUAAUUGGAGGACACUUUCUUGGCAAUUGGGCCACCUACACGGAUGUUGACCCCAAGGUCCGCGAACUAUGGUGGAACCUAUUCAAGGCUCGCUUUCGUUGGACUCACGCAAACGGUGCGGCUAUUCUUAGAGCCUAUAAUAAUAGGAUUUUGACCUGGCUUCGGCCCACUUUUAAGCGUGCCCGAAACCGUGUGAGACAGCCUAAAUGGGUUUCGGAUGAAGUGUGGGCCAACCUUUGUCGUCACUGGUCUUCGGAUUCGAAAUUCUUGGCCAUAAGUGAAUCCGGUAAGAAAAACCGGAUGUCCGAGAAGGCCUUGGAGACGCAGUGGCACGGGGGUCGCAAAUCUCAGAGUGCCCAUAGAGAAACUCUUGCUAGUCCUGAGAAGAAGAGGGUUGGAAUUCUCAAGCUCGUCAAGCAUUGCUGGACGAAGCACGGCGAGGAGUCGAAAGCCGAUCUGCCACCUCGCCUCGCUGACUUCGAAACUUUGAGCAGGUUCACCGGUCUGGCGAACACAGUUCUCACGCUUCAUAGUAUCAGUUUGGGCAGGGGAGAGACUGGGAGUCAUCUCUGCUCCGGAGCCGUAUUCUUCUCUACCAUUAAGCAAUAAUUUAAUUUUCUUACUCCUCAGCUCAAGUUUUUCUUUUUUCAACUCUUUCAACCGGAGGUUUUGUCUGUAAUGGCUCGAACCGUGGGAAAAUGGAUUAAGCUGGAUCAGUCAGGCACUGGACCUGGGGCAAGGAGCUCUCAUGCAAUUACCAUUGUAGGACAAAAGGUCUAUGCUUUCGGUGGUGAGUUCACCCCACGUGUCCCUGUUGACAAUCAACUCUAUGUAUUCAAUCUUAGUGACCAAACUUGGUCAUUGGCUGAGGCUGUCACUGGAGAUGUCCCUCCCCCUCGUGUAGGUGUCACUAUGGCAACGAUUGGGGAGACAAUAUACAUCUUCGGUGGAAGAGAUGCUGAGCACAAAGAGCUGAACGAACUUUAUUCUUUCAACACAUCCACGAACCAGUGGACCCUCUUGUCAAGCGGGGAUGACGGCCCCCCAAACCGGAGCUACCACUCCAUGACAAGUGAUGAUCAACACAUAUUUGUCUUUGGUGGGUGUGGUUUGACUGGUCGGCUCAAUGAUCUAUGGGCUUACAAUAUUGUUAGUGAAAAAUGGGCAAAGUUUCCCUUGCCUGGGGAUGCUUGUAAAGGUAGAGGUGGACCAGGAUUGGCUGUAGUCCAAGGAAAAAUCUGGGUUGUGUAUGGAUUUUCAGGUGAUGAACUUGAUGAUGUACAUUGUUUCGAUGCAAUUGAAGAGAAGUGGACUCUUGUCCAAACUAAAGGAGAAAAUCCAUCUGCCCGGAGUGUGUUUUCAACAACUCGGAUUGGGAAGUACAUAUUUAUAUAUGGUGGGGAAGUUGACCCAAGCGACUUAGGUCACCUUGGUGCUGGAAAGUUUUCUGCUGAGGUUUAUGCUCUUGAUACCGAAACACUAGUUUGGAAAAGGUGGGAUGCCGCUGGAGAUCUUCCAGGGCCAAGAGGAUGGUGUGCUUUUGCUGGCGGGCAGCGAGACGGGCAAGAGGGGCUGCUAUUAUAUGGGGGUAAUUCACCCACGAAUGAUCGGCUUGGCGAUAUAUUCUUUUUCACUCCUUUCUUGGAGCGUUAACAACAAAUAUAUCUACGGAGUGUUGCUGGAUGAGUAAUAAUGUAUGAGUAAAGUUCUGAAAUUUGGUUUGAUUGGCAACAAUAAUUGGCUAAUAUUUUGGUUUCUCUCCUAUAUGCUUGCUUUUUUGCUUACAUUGUUUUUUGUGCUCCACUGUCGCUACUAUAUAUUCUCAUCAUCACAUCAUGUCAUGUUGUGAUUUUUAUG